AUGACGCCGACCCUUUUGCUGCGUCUGCUGUGCGCCGUCGCCGGCGUGGGCGCGUACUUGAGCGCGAGCGGCCUCCUGCGUCUCCACGAAGUCUUCUCUUCUGCGUCUGCUUCCGCGUCUCCGUCUGUGGAACGGCACGAGGACAACCCGCAGCAGCAGCAGCAACAGCAGCACUCGGACCUGCAGGACGUCGCCUACGACCGUCUCAUUGUCGUGCUCAUCGACGCGUUACGUGCGGAUAUGGUGCUAGGAAGUGCAGCGAUGCACAGCGACUCAGUGGGCGAUUUACAGGAGCGCAGGGCGGAGCUGAACGUCCACAUGCCGUUCACAAGUGCGCUCGUGACGUCGGGCCGAGCACUGGGCUACGUGGCGCAUGCCAGUGUCCCGACCGUGACAAUGCCCCGUGUGAAGGCACUGGUGACAGGGAAAGCACCUGUGUUUAUUGACAUAUUGAAGAACUUCAACUCGCGCGCGCUGGACGACACGGACGCAAACCUCGUGUCGUUGCUGGCGGCGCGUGGCAAGCGCCUUGUGCUGUACGGCGACGAUACGUGGCUCAAGCUAUUUCCAAGGGCGUUUGCUCGAGCUGAUGGCACGUCGGGGUUCUAUACGAGGGACACUGUUGACGUGGACAACAACGUCACGAGGCAUUUGGUUGAAGAGCUGGACCCGACGAUGCAGCAUGCAAAAAGUAACGACUGGGAUGCCUUGGUGCUGCAUUAUCUCGGAUUGGAUCACGUGGGCCAUCUACGCGGACCGAGGUCGAAACUGAUGCAGGAGAAGAUGCAGGAAAUGGAUCGCGUCGUGCAGCUCAUCGUGGACUCGGUGCGAGAACAAGAUGCACGGAGAAGGACAAACGACAGUGCAAGCCGACCGUCGUUGAUCGUGGUGUGCAGCGACCAUGGAAUGUCCGAGGUCGGCAAUCACGGUGGGGCCACGCUGGACGAAUCCUCGGCGCUGCUGAUGUUUAUGCGUGGUGACGGCGAGUCAAUGGUCGCUGCGACUGACUUUCCGUACAAGCAGCAGCGCAAUCAGGUUGACCUUGUGCCUACGAUCUCUUUACUGUUUGGACUACCUAUUCCGAUCCAUAGCACGGGCUUGCUGCUGGACGAUGUCGUUCGUGCUUCGUCUGGAUCUGUCAUGCGCCACAGCUCAUACUACAUGCGCGCGUUGUACCGCAAUUUCCAGCAGCUGUAUGCACUUGCAAAGACAAAGUUUUCCGCCUCGGCUUUGGCGAGUUUUGACCGACAGUACGAAGUGCCACUUCGUGAGCUGCGCCGGAGUCUUCAAGCAGAGGAGAAGGACUUUGAUACUAGUCACCAGACUGCAUCGAUGGUACUCCGAGCCUGUGAGAUGCUGCAGGCUACAGUCAUGCAGAGUGACGGUUCUGAGUACAACGUGGCUGCGACGUUUUGCGGCCUGUUGUUGCUAUUCGCUAGCAGUGCUGCUGCAAUGGCAACACUUGUGAUGCAUUACAAAGUGAAAGCGAGAAGCUGGAUGAAGGAGGGCGCUAGUAGCCACCUGGUUGCUAUUGUGGGCAUGGGCAGCAUACUGCAGAUUGCCAGCUUGUCGUCGAGCUCGUCGAUCGAAAAUGAGCACGCUACUGCAUUUUUCAUGACGACCUCUUUGCUCAUCAUUGUCGCAGUUCUUUUGUUGCGCCAGGACAACGCGACGACCAAUUUUUCUCGUCCACGUGCUGCAGUAGCCAUCGUCGGACUGUUGCUGAUUGUUACACGAAUGCUGCGCGCACGCAAUCAGAUCAUCAAUUUCUGGCGACUCAAUGGGCUUGUGAUUGACCCCAACUUACCUGGAAACGAAUUUGCCAACGAUGAUUCUGUCUCGAUCUUGUCCACGGCUCCCAUGCUGCCUUCGAACGUUUUGCCGUUGGGCGUCUGUAUAGCGUUUGUAUGUGGAGUCGUACUGCGAAAAGCUGCGCGACAUACCAUGAGAGCGUUGCAAACGGGAGCUUUGUCCGAUGUCGUUGUGAGUGCUUGUAGCGCACUCUUGUUCGUAGCCGGCAUGUUAGCAUGCCUCAACGUGAAAGAACUUACGAACCGGAAUGUCGUGGACGAAACAGGAUCAAGAAUGUGGACAUGGUGGGUGCCACUGGACGCGGAUGCAAGUGCGCGGAUGGUGUAUGCAAGCAUUGCCUCGAUCUCGGUGUUUGCUGUCCUGGCUGCACGAACGCUGCGUCGAUCGUUGAUGGAAAUGGUCGUGUGGCUUUUGGUUUCCCUGCUUCAACGUGACGCCAACUACCCGACUCUCUGCUUACUUUGUCUGCAACUGGAAUUGGUAGCAAAGCUGCUUGAGCACGAACAAGGCCGUGUCAUUCGGCAUAGCGGGAUCGGCGUGGCGAGUCUAGCAUCGUGGCUAUCCCAAGCAGCUUUCUUUGCACUGGGAAACUCGCACUUGGUGACCACGAUCGACAUCAGCCAGUCCUAUCAUGGCGUAUCGUCGUAUUCGCAAAGCCUCGUCGGCACGUUGACGUUUGUCAGCGUGUUUUCUGGUCCGCUACUGUGCUUCGUGAGUCUUGCUCAAUGGCUCGAUAUCGAUGCGCCUGUCAAAACGAUGACGCCGUCAAGAGAAAUGCCGAGACCGAAUGCUCCAUUGUCGGUAGAUACAAGAUGGACAGCGUGCGCCGCGUUGUUCAUCUACCAAACGCUUCGUUUUGCCGUCUACUCUGUCGUGGUCUACUGUAUGCGCUUUCAUCUGUUCAUCUGGAGCGUCUUCGCUCCCAAGAUGUUGUACGAGUUUGCACACCUUGCUGCCUCGCUCGUGCUCGUGGUUGUGCUAGCCCCACCCUCAUCGCAACGAAGGAAUUGA